GCAAAAUAAUUGUAACCAAUGCUUCUUACCCACCCCCUUUCUAUCUUUUGAAUCUGAUUGGUCGACACCUCAGAAAUCGGCCAUCAUGUUUCUGAAAAACAAGUUUCAGCAAAUUGUUAAACCUGAUAGGCAACCUCGCAGAUCCAUGUGGUUUUCCAAACAAUAACAACCGACCGGUGACAGAAAACAAAAUUUUCAUUUAUAGGGGCCUAUCCAAAGUGAAUUUUUUCUUUGCGGAAUGGCAGACCAAAGUUUAAUAGAAUUAAAGAUUUAUUUCUUAAUCUGGACAGGGUCUGUUUUUUAUUCAAUGUACCAGUGCCAUUUAACUAGUGAUAGAUAUUCUCAGUACUUGUCAGAGGAUUUGGUUCCUGGCUGGAAAUGGGUAGGCAGAAAUGCUGAUACGUCUGACUUUGAAUGGAAGAUGUGGACCCCAAUAUUUUUUCGAUGGCUAAAAUUUGUUAUACCAUUCCUCAUCAUAAGUUUGACAAUCAAACGAAGAUUUCCAAAAAUAGUGCCUCUAGUCAGUAUUGCCAUGUCAUUCUGUUGGCUUUGGAGUAUGCUUGGACUGCAUUUAACAGUCUUCACAUUUAUCCAACCAGUGCUGUUCCUAUGGAUUCUACAAUUAUUUUCCUUACACUGUGUUUGGAUACUCUGCAUUGGGUUUACACUUGCACUGCAUUCAUCACUGUUUUCGGAUGUUAAAGCAGGUUUGUUUGAAGAAGAUUCUGUUCGGGAGUAUUUGUUUUCAGUUCUUCUAGCAUGGACCCACGCUCGUUCAAUUAGUUAUUUAGUAGAUACACGUUCUACCGGUCAUCAUAACAAAUUGAUGAAUUUCUACCACUACUGCUUCUAUCUCCCCCUGCUACCAACAGGGCCCUUGAUGCUUUAUCGGGAUUUCAAAUUUUCGAUGGAAAAUCCUGCAAACCAACCAUGCAGUUUGGCUCACCUAAUCAAGAGCACAGCGCUAAUUGCGCGUUACCUCUUUUGGUGGUUUGUUCAUCAGCUUGCGUUGCAUUAUUUCUAUCAUAGUGCAUUGCAAUAUCACAUUGGAAUUGUUCGACAGUUUGAUGUCUGGCCAGCUGCAGGACUUGGCUACACGCUUGGUCAAUUUUUUAUGACCAAAUACUUGGUUUUAUACGGAUUGCCGUCGGCGUUAUCCCGAUUAGAUCAUGUUGAUGCACCACCUCCACCCAAGUGUGUAGGCCGCAUUCAUCUCUAUUCGCAAAUGUGGCGAGAUUUCGAUCGCGGACUAUACAAUUUCAUGCUUCAGUACAUUUACAUUCCAUUUAAAGGGGCGUCGGACAAAGCGUCGGCAAAAUUAGCCGGAACAGCUAUGUGUUUCGGCUUUGUCUGUAUAUGGCAUGGUGCUUCGAAUGCAGUGAUCAUUUGGUGUGUCUCCAAUUAUGUUGGAAUUUGUCUCGAAACAAUGGGCAAAUCUUGUUCUACUUGCUGGCCUUUUGCAAAUUGGAAGGCUAAUUGGUCCUCUUCGAAUUGGCUACGAUUUCAAGCCGCCGUAGCUUCACCGCUACUUUUGAUGUCAGCGCUUUCUAAUUUUUGUUUCUUUACUGAUGCUGGCGUUGGAUACAUUCUUGCCAAAAAAGCUAUCUACGAAGGUGGAAUUGUGAGAUUGCUGUGUAUUUUGUUGGUCAUGUACUGCUGUUGCCAAGUUUCCAUGGCUUUGAAUCGUCGAAAUAAGAAAAAGCUUGUCCAUAAUCAGUCACAUCAGGAGUGAUUUCGUUCCAGUUGGGCGAUAAAAAAAGUAGUGCCUUGAUUUUCCGAUUGUUCUUCCUUGGGUCAAUAUGCUCC